AUGCGGUGCUGGGGAAGAAGAUCAGGACGGAUCAGUGGUGGGGGACGCUGCAAUUUCACCAACAUCUCGGAGAACCUCCAGAAGGCCUACCACUCUUCACUUCCAGAGGGUGAGCUGGUCGAGGAAGUUCAGUCUGAUGGCAGCUUCUUUCAAAAGGCCUUCAAACGAUAUCCACCAGAAAAGUUCAUUGCCUUGGUGGAGUCUCAUGGCAUCAAGUACCAUGAGAAGAAGCUGGGGCAACUGUUCUGCAACAAAUCAGCGCGCCAGAUUGUGGACAUGCUCCAACAGGAGUGUUUGGCUGCUUCAGUGGACGUCUACACUGAGGCGGAAUGCUUGAGCGUCAGCGCCGCUAGCGCUUCAGGCAGCGAGGCCGGCCGCUUUCGGGUAGUGUAUUCGAAGGAGGAGGAGACCAAAGAGCUGCACGCAGAGGCGGUGGUGGUCGCGUGCGGCGGCUUGAGUUAUGCCAAGACUUGUGGAGCGACGGAUCUCGCACAGCGCCUUGCACGGUCCUUUGAUCUCAAGGUGAGUGGAGUCCGACCUGGGCUCGUGCCCUUGCGCCUGGACCCCAACGCCUGGACCAGGAGCCUCACCGGCGUGUCUCUCCAGGUUGCUGCGUCCAUUGGGAACAUGAGCUUUGAGGAGCAGAUCCUAUUUACACACCAAGGCAUCAGCGGCCCUGCAGUGCUGCAGGCAUCCUCCUAUUGGUAUGAUCAUGAUCAUCCAAAAGCUUUGCGUUUGGACCUAUUGCCUUACAUGAACGAGGAAGACGUGCUGCACUGGCUCCAGCGACGGGCUGAAAGCUGCCGAAAUCGCCAAAGUCAACGUCGGAUGUGGGAUGCUCAGGAACUGGCUCGCAAGCUUCCCCGGCGCUUUGCCGAUGGCUUCUGGAUCCACGAGGUCUCCCAACGGCUCCAUGUCUCUCCAAGCGCUGGCCUGGAGGACUUGGAGAUUUCGUCCUUGAAGGACUUGGCAGCCCUCUUGAAGUCUUGGGAGGUCAGUGUCAUUGGAACUGAGGGCUAUCCGAAGGCCGAAGUGACCUGUGGUGGGGUCAGCACGCAGGAACUCUCCGAUGAGACGAUGGAGUGCAAGAAGCACCCGGGCCUCUAUUUCAUUGGUGAGGCAGUUGAUGUGACUGGUUGGUUGGGAGGCUACAACUUCCAAUGGGCUUGGGCUUCGGGAUUUGCCGCAGGCGCCGUGUGCUGA